GUCUGUUGUAAACACAUAUCAUCGUCGUCGUCACUUACGACCAUUUCUCAAACCCCUUCCCCAAUCUCUCUCUAAAUCUCCCUCUUUUCAGCUCCUCCGGCGCCGGUGAACAAUCGACUAAAUCGAGCGAUGGAUCACGGAGACAAGAAAUCGAAUGGUUACGAGACGACGUCAUGGGCAGACCAGUGGGACUACACCAACAACUCGUCGUACCCUGUGGACGUCAAAGGCGGCGAGGGAACCGCCGCCAAGUGCAAGCAGAAGGUCGGCGAAGGCCUCGUGAAGACUAAAGCCGUCGCCUCCACCGGAGUCAAGAAGGUCAAGGAUGGCGCCUCCUCCGGUUUCCAGUGGAUCAAGGACAAGUAUCAGAAGACCACCCAGAAACGCUGAUGCAUGAUUCAGUAAUCUUUCAUUAAAUCACACCAGUUUUUCUUCCAUCAUCUCUUAUCUAUAUCAUUCACAGACACAGAGAGUUUGAUUUUGUUCUUCUAGCUUUUUCGUAAUUAUGAUGAUUUUUGUUGCUGUUCAUUCUCUGGAUUGGAAUUCGUUGAUUGAUUCGUAGUGGCGUUGUCGAUCUGAUGUACAGAAUAAUAUGACUUUUUCUUAGAUUGAUGAAUUUGGUGAUGAUGAUUCGAUGAAGA